CUCUACAGGUACUGGAGUUCUUUGUACAAAACCACUUGUUCACGCUAGCUGGACAUUUAUAUUUAAAUUGCUGGUUGUAAAUCUUCGGCGACGGCGCUUUGGGGAUAUAUCUUUUGAAUUUGCGCUGAGUACUUCGAGGCAGCAGGAAUCAGUUCUGCUUUCAUCAAACACCCUCCGUAUUUCACUCACAACUACAGCCAUUUACACUACAUUAUACUGCCAUCGAUACCUCGACAAUGACCUCAACCGACUCAGCCGGCGGCUUCAUCCACCCUUCCCUCCCCUCCCCCGCACCCUCAACAAUGUCAGCCUCGACCGCAACACCCUCACUCCUCCCGCAACAACGCAGGCACCCGCUCAAAGCGGGAUCGAUGAAAGAGACUGCUGUGAUAAAUCACCUUGAUAAGAGUAUUCUGGGAAUAAACCGGCGGCAUGCAAAGAAGUUUAGCAGUACUUAUGGAGGCGGAGCACCGAACGGCGAGGGUGAGGGCCAGGGCGAACGCGGAUACGAGAGUUUCAAAGAAAUGGUCAGGGAUAUCGAGAAUUUAGUCGAUGUCGUCUGGGUUAGUGGCACGCCAACCCUCCAAAUCCCAUACAUAAUCUCGCUCGCUGUCCUCGUGAACUCCAGUCUCCCCUCCUACCCCUUCACCCCACAAUCGACUUUUCGCCUCCUCCGCAAAUUAGACUCCGUCUUCGCAUCGCUGUUAACAGGGGAAGACGCAGACUCGGGGGCUCCGCUGGCGGGGUUCGAAACAAGGCGGAAUAUCGUCUCGAUGACGGAGAAAGUACGGAUUAAGAGUAUUGCGGAAACGUGUCGGAUGGUUGUUAUGGAGGUGAGAGAGCGGAGUGACGAGACAACUGACGGGGAUGGUGAUUUUACUGGGGAGAGUGAGGUGAAUAGUGAGGAUGAGGAGAUGGAAGAUGUGCUUGGGGAUGGGAAUGUGACACCGAAUGCUAAUGCGGUUGAUGAAUAUCACGAGACGCCUGGACGGUGGGAGAUGGAGGCGGCGAUGGUAUAUCAAAAGACGAUUCAGUUGUUGGGGGAUGAGUUGGGGAGGCAGGGGGAGUUUGGGGAUGAUAUUGGGCAGCGAGAGAUUACGCCUCCGUGUGCACCUAGUGCAGCUCAAUAACUAUCAAUAAUCAUGGGCCAUAUUAAACUAAACUGACAGCCCUAACUGAAUCAUAGACCAGAGUACCGGGUCGUCGACCACACGUAAGCUAUGAAAUGCAAAACGCGACUUCCGUAACGGCUGAAAUUUACAGGGCAUCGGUGGAUUCAAUCUUUCAAAA